GAUGGUGUUUGAAAAAGCUGCCUAUCCUCCUAGGUUCUAAAGCAGGAAGCUUUACUGCAACCUCAGUGAGAUGAUUAUGAUGUAGGCUUGCGGAUUUUGGCUGUUGUCCUGGAAAAUAGUCUGCACAGAUUUCCGAAGGAAAACGAUGGAGGGAUAUUCACCAGAAACGCAGAGCAUGCUGGAGCCAGUCAGUCUGUUGGACAAUGUCUCUUCCAGGUUCCCAGAUAACAAGAAAUCCAAUAAAACAUCUGGAAUGAAGGACCGUUCAAGCAUCAGUUACACUGGAGGUGAUGCUGGUAUCUUGGAAAGGGAAUCAAGGCUGUUGCCCUCAGACCAGGAUUCAACAGCUACUGACAUAAGCAGCAGUGGAGCCCUGGCAGAAAGACAGGAGCAGCCGUUUGCAGGGGCGGACUGCUGUGUUAAUACCUGCUCUGAAAGAAAGGUAGAAGGCUCCACAAACCCAGAACAUACAUCUAGUGAAGAGUUUGAACAACAAGAUCCAAAACCUAAUCAGACAGAACAAUCAUUAAUGGAAAUACUAGAAGAGCUAAGGGAGGAGCCUGACUUUGUAAAAAAACCUAGUGAUAAAAUCUGUUCAGAAAGCCCUUACGACACAGACUGCACAAAGAAGCUCAUUUCCACAAUACAGCAGACUUCCUCACAGGAGGAUUUGCUAAAGGAGUUGGAGUCUGACCUCUUGUCUACAGAUUUUUCAGAGGAAUGGAAAUUCCCGAAUGGUGUGCAGAAGGGUGAGCACGCCUUGGCGGUGUUUGAAAAAUGCGUGCAAGAUCGGUACCUGGAGCAAGAACAAACUAUAAAAAAGUUGAUUAAAGAAAAUAAAAAACAUCAGGAGCUGAUUUUGGAGAUUUGUUCAGAGAAGGACAAUUUAAAAGAUGAAUUGAAAAAACGAACAGAAACAGAAAAGCAGCACCUCAACAUUAUUAAACAGCUGGAAGCGAGAAUAGAAGAGCUUAAUAAGGAGGUGAAAGCUAGUAAAGACAAACUUCUAACUCAAGAUGCAGCAGCCAAAAAUGCUAUUCAGCAGUUGCAUAAAGAGAUGGCCUUUCGAAUGGAACAGGCAAACAAGAAAUGUGAAGAAGCACGCCAUGAGAAGGAAACAAUGGUGAUGAAAUAUGUCCGAGGGGAGAAAGAGUCACUUGACCUCCGAAAGGAAAAGGAAGUACUUGAGAGGAGAGUGAGAGAUGCAAACAAAGAAAUUGAAAAACAUACUAAUAAAAUCAAACAGCUUUCUCAGGAAAAAGGAAGAUUGCACCAGCUCUAUGAAACUAAGGAUGGUGAAGCCACUCGACUCAACAGAGAAAUAGAAAAAUUGAAAGAAGAAAUCAAUUCUCAUGUUAUCAAAGUGAAAUGGGCUCAGAACAAAUUGAAAACAGAAAUGGAUUCACACAAGGAGACCAAAGAACGCCUCAAAGAUGUAACAACAAAAUUAACUGAAGCAAAAGAAGAAGCAGACCAGAUAAGGAAAAACUGUCAAGAAAUGAUAAAAACCUAUCAAGAGUCAGAAGAAAUUAAAUCAAAUGAAUUGGAUGCAAAACUCCGAGUAACUAAAGGAGAACUAGAGAAACAAAUUCAGGAGAAGUCUGAUCACCUGGAGGUGCAUCAUGCAAAAAUAAAGGAACUGGAAGACUUGAAGAGGACAUUUAAAGAAGGCAUGGAUGAGCUUCGAACCCUGAGAACAAAGGUGAAGUGUCUUGAGGAUGAGCGUUUGAGAACAGAAGAUGAGUUAUCCAAGUACAAAGAAAUCAUUAAUAGACAGAAAACUGAAAUUCAGAAUUUGCUGGACAGAGUCAAAACUGUAGAUCAUCUGCAGGAUCAACAUCAGAGAGAUGAACAAGAAAUCAGUGCUUUAAAGGAAGAAGUAGAUGGUUUCAACUCUCUGAUUGCUGAUCUCCAGAAGGACAUUGAAGGUAGUCGGAAAAGAGAAUCUGAGCUAUUGAUAUUCACUGAAAAAUUAACCAGUAAGAAUGCACAGCUUCAGUCUGAAAACAAUUCCUUACAGAGCCAGUUGGAUAAGCUUUCUUACAGCGAAAGAGAGCUGCAGAAUCAGCUGGAAUGUGUUCAACAGGCUAAAGAUGAUCUGGCCACCAAGCUGCAGAAGGAGGAGGAUCAACGAAAGCUAGAGGUUGAGACGCUGCAGGCUCAACUAGCUUCAGAGCAGAAAGAACUAACAACACUGAAGAUCCAGGUGGAUGAACUGAAAGAUGAACUGGCUACCCAGAAGCGCAAGCAUGCAGCAAACCUGAAAGAUCUCGCAAAACAACUUCACCUAGCACGGAGAAAAUUGGAUCAGAUGGAAAAUGGCAAUUAUGACAAAGAAGGCAGCAGCAUGGGGAGUCGUUCCAGUUCAUCAGGGUCCCUUAAUGCGCGUAGCAGCAACGAGGAUCGGUCACCUGAGAAUACUGGAUCUUCAGGAGCUGUGGAUAGCUUCCCGGAGGUAGACAAGUCUGUCUUGGUUGAAAGAAUACUAAGGCUACAGAAGGCACAUGCUCGAAAAAAUGAAAAGAUGGAGUUUAUGGAGGAUCACAUUAAGCAACUGGUGGAAGAAAUCAGGAAAAAAACAAAAAUUAUCCAGAGUUACAUUUUGCGGGAAGAAGCUGGAACGCUGUCAUCAGAGGCCUCGGACUUCAACAAAGUACACUUGAGUAGACGGGGUGGGAUUAUGGCAUCUCUGUAUACAUCUCAUCCCGCCGAUAGUGGUCUGACAUUGGAACUCUCCUUAGAGAUAAACAGGAAGCUGCAGGCCGUGUUAGAAGAUACAUUACUGAAAAAUAUUACGUUGAAAGAAAACCUUCAAACUCUAGGAACAGAAAUAGAACGGCUUAUUAAACACAAGCAUGAACUGGAACAGAGAAUAAAGCAGACAUAACCACAACUUCUAUGGAAUAACCAACACAAGGAUGCAGGCAAGGCAGGUGCUACAGACCACUGGAUUUUUUACAUUUUUCCUGAAGUCUGCUUGCCUGCCAGCACAAGCAUCAGGUGUUUCACAUACAUAGCCCGUAACCACACAGGCUUUCCUGUGCAAGAGAUCUACAGGACGCGGCAUCGACAUGGUUCUGUCUACCCAAUGCCAGCCUGAAGUGUUGCGGACUUUUCCUACACACUACAUUUAUCUCAAACUUUUGUUUCAAAUGAGAUACAGAUGCUUCGCAGCACGUACUGUGUUUUGAGUGAGUUGCAGUGAGACUUCGAUUUCUGCCCUGUGUAAUUAAUCAGUCUCUUAAUGAUGGAGCUUGAAAAAAAUGAAACCAAUUAUGUCUUAGAUGCUGAACAUAUCCAGUGUUACUGAGCUUUAAGGGCUUUCAGACAUCAUUUUCUUUCUUGCAAAUUAUUUGCUCUUUAGGUUGAUUACGCUUUUUUGACACAUGCAUGGAAAAAUGCUUUGUCACAACAUUUUGGUCGUGGCAAUAAUAUUGCACACUUUCUGCUUUAGAUUAAUGUUCAACUGGUCAGUUUCUUUAUUCAAAAGAAGUGAAACAACAGUAAAACUAAGGGAUUAAGGAGCUUUCCGAUUCAGUUGUUGAGUGUGUGUGAUUGAACAAAUGUCAGUUGAAUCCUGCGAACCCUCAAUCUUUAGGCAUAGCGAUCUAAAGAGGUCUGAGAUACUUGGUUAAUAAAGUUCUCUGGCCUUCUGCGUAACUAAUAGGAUUUUAAAAGUAGGAGUUUCAACUGCCCAUCUUUAUAUAUGUACAGGUAGACAUUGUGAUUGCAUCUGUUUUCAGGUGAUCAGAAAAGCUAUUUUCACAAGUAAAAGGAAGCUAGCUAAAUUUUCUCCUUAACUGUGGCUAAACCGGUGAAAGUAAUGGUAAGAAAUAGGAAUUACAUCUAAAUGGGAUUUUUAAUCUAUUAGUUGGACUGUGAAAGUGACACAGAAAUCUGUGCAACUCCUUAUUUUUACUGUUGUGAAGAAUUAAUUGGUCAAAAUGGCAUGAACUGAAAACUGUUACUUAGUCCUUCAGGGGCUGAGAGGUUGAUGGAUCUCAGAAGAGUAUCAGUGUCGAGAUUCUGGUUAGUCACAACAUUUUGUUCACAUUUUAAUUCCUGGAUAAGUAAUUUGCAGGAUCUGAAAUAUCUCUAUUCCAGCAGUAAAUGCAUAGAUUUCUGUAUUUAUUGCCUUUUGACCAAAAUGAAUUGACCAGAUCACAGUGUAAAUAUGUACUUCGGGUUUUUAUUAAAUACUUGAAGUUCUGUUAUCAUGAAUACAGAUUCCAUGUAUAUUGACAAUAGCAGUGCUUUAGCUAUUUUAAUUAGAAAGGAUACUUGAUGGGAGAGGGGGAGUAAUCUGUCUCGGCACAGGCACCGUUUGCAUCCUGCACAAAACAAGGGGCCUGAAUCUGGCAGCACAGGGAUAGUUUAUCAAAGCAUGUAGGUGACUUGGGGGUGUGUACACCAUUUUUGGGUUCCACUGAGUCACUUAAGCUUUGUAAUGAACCAAAUUGAGUUUGAUUCAAGACAGUGAGACUUAACCUGUCUUCAAAGCAAAAAGGAUCUCUGAAAGCCCUUGCAGGAUCAAGAACCUGAUUUGUGGUCCAGAGAGCUUCAAGAGUCUUGGAUGACAUGUCCUUUCAGUGUCGAAGGAUUAGGUGUUUCUUUAGAAGGGCAGGGUGACAACAAGAUAUUUAAAACCUGACCGAGCAUUGUAGAAACUGUGAGCCUUGAAUUUGGGUGGGGUUUUAUAUAUAUUUUUCUAAUUCCUGAAAGCAAUGGUUAUCUGAAGUGUUAGGGAAUUUGGACCAGUCCAGUCACAGCACUACUUCUGUUUUACUGUUGUUUAAGUGACGAGGAAAAUACCUAGCUCUGCUGAAACAGAUUUGUCACCAGCUUCCAGGCAGUGAACAGGCAGUUGUUCUUGACUGGACUGGACCUUCUGCAGAAAGAAAGUAUUUAGAACAAUUUGCAUGUCAAAACAUAGCUUAGCUCUUGUGUGUUUGUGUUUCCAAGCUUUAAUGUACCAGAUUUCUGGAUAUUUUCAAGCAUUCAGCUGAAUGACUCCAGUAUUUUAGAUACCAUGUUAAUAGUGUAAUCAUUUACUGUACGUUCUCCGGGUGUACAAUGUGAAUGAAGGAGAGGUGUGGUGCAGAUGGAGUAAGUGCAAUGACAUUGUGGAAAUUCUUAUUUCUUUUUGGCAUGGAUGUUUCUCCUUUUAAGUUAUUUGAGAAACCUAGUUCGCUGUCCUCCUGCCCUGCUGGAAAUGCUGCUUCCUCUCUGUAGCACGAGUAACUCCUCAGACAUUUUUCCUUGGUUACGGAGGCACACAAAGCACCUAAAAUAUCAUAUUGUUUGUUGUGCGUGGUAUUUUCACGGACCAAAGUAAUCUUCUAUAGGCAUUAUGUUCAACUUACCUGUUGGAGAUGGAAAUUUCAUUGUAGCUUGCACAUUGGCAAAUGAUUUCCCAUCUGGUAAGCGCAGAAUGGGCUGAAUAUGUGACAGGGGCAGCCAACAACUUUGCAUAACAGUGUUGCACAUUCCUGAGAGGUAGCGGUGUGUUAGCUGUGCAAAUGUUGCUGGCAGACCCCCUGCCCAUUAUUUCUGUGGGAUAAGUUGUCAGGAGUGUAAUGUUGGUGCACGUCCCAAGCACACUCCUGUGGAAGGGUGUUUCUGUGGGAUGGUGCACGCAGGGGAGCCCCAGCUGGAGCGGAGAGAGCCCAAGGCUUGGGUAGCAGUCACGUUUCACUUACAGUUCUUUCAGAAACUUUGUGUUAUGAACCUGAGAUUGAAAAGUGUCCUCAGAUAAACUGAAUUUUCAAGAUACAGAUAAACUGAUUUUGGAGGCAGCCUGGAGCAGUUAGCUGCCUAGGCUGUCACUGAAAUUCAGUGUCCAUUACACAUGUAAUUGCCACAGGCUGCUUUUGAGAAUGCCAGGCUUGUAACUGGUUGUGUCCUACAGGCUUAAGCAGCUGUUUCUUAAAUACUCAGGGUGCUCUUUUAAUUCAAACAUCACACAUCCAGAUGUUAGAGGACCUACAGGAAAGCUGCCUGUGCUUUUCCACCCUCUGUAAAACCCAGCACUGUCUUUGUCUAAAGCCAGACCCUCUGAACUGAAGGAUAUCAUUUUAUGCUGUAGAAACCACUGGCUUUCUGCCACAUAGGCUUGUGCAAUAUUUUUAAUUUUAGUUUCCAGAAAAUAGUGGAGAUCAAUUUGUUCCUCAGAUAUGUUCUCAUCAUCUUCGCUUGCUGCUGGCAACACCUGCAGUAUCACCAGCCACUAAAACUGACAAUACUCUCUUGAAAUAUUUUUUCAUGACAAUAUUUGGUUUAUAUAGUAUUUGGGUUUUUUUUU